UUGCAAACGACUAAGCUCCCGAGUCCCGUCGUCCUCCUCGCCCCCAUCCACCAGUCUCCCCGCCCUCGCUCGCCGCGUUGACAAGCUAUAACUCCCGCGCGUUCCCUCUUCUCUGCUAAACUGACAUCUCUCCGCCGCGUUCGGCGCUAGAUGUCCUUUUAGCUGAGCAAGCAGACACGAUCCCAGCCCCCUUCUAGACACUGUAAAGAAGCAGGUUCAUAAUCUGAUCCCGUUACUACUACGGCUGUCGUCGCGCGAUCUCUUCUAAUGGCAGCUGUUCGUGCAUCCUCUCACCCGACCGUUACCAUGCCUUUCGCUCAUCCGCCCUUCGCCCAUCUGCCCGUCGCUCAUCCGCCCGUCGCUAAUCCGCCCUUCGCCCAUCUUCUCACCCACGACGCCAGAGGCAACAAGGCGCUGGGCGACGCGUUGGCGACGGCCGAGCGAGCCAUCGCAGGCCUCGUCCAGGUCGUCGACGUCGUCAACCGUCGCCAGCAGCACGCGGCGUCGUCGCAACUUCAAGCUCAGUCGCUCGCCGCUUCCCCUCCGCCGCACUUCACGCAAUCCUAUCGGCCGUUGUUGCUCCACAGCAGCAACGUCGCGCCCGCUGCUCUUCAAACCGCCACUCUCCAACGUCCCGUGACUUCCGCCGCAUCUCCCGCCGCAUCUCCCGCCGCAUCACCCGCUUCCUCCGCCAUCUCUCAGUUCUGCGCCUCCUCCUGCCCACGUGUCGCCGCUCCCCGUACUCUCGCCACUUCAGGCUCGAAGCGCGCGCACAAAAGCAUCGACGGCGCGGCGGCGCCAGCAACCAAACCCGCUCGUGCGGCUAAGCGCUCAAAGCGCGCCAAGCUCCCCGGCGCAACCCCCGUCUCCCCUCCGCCCCUGCUCGUUCCGUCUGUCGGCUCCGACUGCGAGUCGGAGGGUGACUCUUCGCCGAAGAGCGCGCCGUCGCCGUCGUCGCAGGCGGAAACUGUUGUCGCAGGAGCCGUCGCAGGAGCCGUCGUGUACAAGGGUGUGCGACAGCGCAAGUGGGGCAAGUGGGUCUCGGAGAUCCGCGAGCCCAACAAGCGCGCGCGCAUCUGGCUGGGGUCGUUCGACUCCGCGGAGGACGCUGCGCGCGCCUACGACAUGGCCGCGCGCCUGCUGCGCGGAUCCCAGGCGCAGCUCAACUUCCCCGGGGAUCAGAUCCGCACCGUUCCGCUUCCGUCGGCGACGGCGGAAGCGCUGCUGAAAGCGAGCCGAGAGGCUUCUAAGACGUUUGAUACGGCCGACGUUGCUGACGUGCUGGAGCGAUCGCUGCUCGCUACUAACGGGGCUCUUCUUGGCGCGGAUAUUAUGGUUGAGCUCCCGCCACAGAAUGUAUCUUCGGCUACAGCUGCUGCUGUGAUAGCGACGCCGCUAGCAGCCGUUGCUACAGCAGCAGCCACAACUGAGUUGUAUGGAUCGUUCAAGGCGAAUCUGACCACUGACGACGCGUUGAGCCCACGAUGCUGUGGAUCGCUUCUGGAAGCCAUCCCGACCGUCGAUUCUCCUCCGGCGCCGCCGAGUCGCAGCUCCAGUGACGCCAGCUUCGCUUAUAGCGAGACUGACAGUAUCGAGUCGCUGCUGACGGAUCUGGAGAAUCAUGGCAGUGCUGAGUUGGCGCUGACGGAAUCUGAGCUGUCACUGGACGGUGGGAGCCUGUUCCAGGGUGUUCUAGAGGAUUUUGACAUGGCGGCUGCUGCUGGGGGCGUUGUGGGGUUUGAGGGUGCUGCUGCUGGCUUCAGCAUGGACCUGUGGGCGUGAAGGUACUUCCUGUGAAGGUACUACCUCAUCUGAGGCUGCAAGGGGGUAGUGCCCCCUCUGCAUGGACCUGUGGGCGUGAAUAUGGAUGCUGAAGCUGAAGGUACCCCCUCUGCUUGAUGGAGGAGGAGCAGGGGAGACCUGUGGGCGUGAAUAUGGAUGCUGAAGCUGAAGGUACCCCCUCUGCUUGAUGGAGGAGGAGCAGGGGAGACCUGUUGGCGUGAAUAUAGAUGGGGUGGGGGGCAGAGGGGGUUUUUGCUAGGUAGGCUUCGUUAUUAAGGUUGGGCUGGCUUAUGGGCUGGUUUGGCUGACGGGGGGGAGUAUAUGGCUCACACGCUGCAGAGCAGAGCAGGUUAUCAUGUGGCUCUGACGACUGAAGAGAAUCAUGGUGGAAGCACAGCAGGCAGGCCGCAGCAUAGAGAAGGGACCCCCCCACCCCACCCACACCUCGUUGCAUGAUGGUGCAUCGUGUCUCUUGUGGAGUGGCAGCAGAAUAGAUGGUGCCUUUCGUGUGCACCCUACGGAUGGGGCUGCCUUUCCUGCACCCCCUCCCCUACACCUCCUCGUCUCGCCUUGUAUGUGGGGUUCUGUGUUGUGCUGUGCUGUGCUGGCUCCAUGAUUCCGGUCACAUGAUGCCCUGCAUGCUGUAACUUGCGUUGUGCCCCAUGUCCAUACUGGUUACCGUAUCAAUUUUGAAUGCAUUUUUCUUCCUUCUCCCCGUUGUAAGAAAUUUCCAUUCCUUACUGAGUCGUACGCUAGCGCGUACACUCGACUUCCUCGACUCGUCACGUUCGGCCUCAAUUAUC